CCCUACAUCAACAUUAGAACCGAACUCAAGGAUUACCUUACGAUUGCGAUUACUGUAUGGUCUAGCAAUACUAGGCAGCAAAAGAACAUGCAGCAUUUAUCCUAGAGUUCGUCUCAAAGCGUUGCCUCGACGCUAACCCUGAAGGGUACGCUGCCUAACAUCGCGCAUACCAUCCAAUAUCCCAAUCAAAUUCAUAAAACAACAUGGCGGCAGUCCAGGUCCCCAAUGGCUCUCCGUCUCCACGUCGCGCCUCUCAUCCUCACCAACAGUUCCCCGCAUCAAGGAUGUACGACCUACAACAAGAGCUUUCCUCAGUACAACUAGAAGCAAAGCAGAUUCUAGCACACUUAGUGAGCAAACUGAAAGAGACGGACUCGAAAUACUACGGUCGAUAUGGGAAGUGGAUUGAGCGCCAUCCCAGACAACAACUAGAAGAGUUCUGCUUUCGAUGCGUCCGACCACAAGUAUGGGCCUACCUUGGCGGAAGAUGCAGUCUGGACGCCCUGAAAUCCAUCGGCGGCGACCUAAAGUUUGAAGGACGAAGUGUGUAUCUCGACGGCGUACUCGGCCUAGACAGACGCGUUCGAGUGUACAUCGGCCAAGCAGGCUCGCUCCGCCAACGCGUAGCGCAACAUCUCAACUUCCGCUACAGACGUGAUAAUCCGAGUUUACACUAUCACGCCAUGCAAAACAGUAUCUACAACACCAUAGGCUGUCUCGCCAUACUUCCGUCAUCUAACCUGGGGAACCACACGUUGCCGGGGAUGGAUUGUCCUGAUUUGCUGCUCAAUCUGCUCGAGAUGUGGAUGUGCUUGGCCUUCCGGACGCUUCCGAGCCAAACGCUAGAUGUCUGGUUGAGCGAGAUGGAAGGUGUCAACAAAGGGAGAAAGGAAGGCAAGGAGGGGGAAAUCGGCGGACUCAACAUCGCAUCGCCGCUGGACCACGGGGUCAAGCAAACAGAAUGGAUCGACCUAAGCGAUUCAGACGAUCCGUUGGUUCUAGAAUACAUGAGCCCCACUCCGUGGAGCAAGAGGGAUGUUGAGCACAGAAAACAAAACGGGGUUCGACACGUAAAGAAGGAAGACGAGUAUGAUGAAACUAAGGAGCAUGACACACCUGCGCAGAGGAAGAAGAACUACGCCGAAACCGCACGGAGAUAUAUGAGUAAAGACGAGGGCGGUAUACAUGUGCCUCAAUGGGUCGCUCUCGGUGCGCUGGCAGUGGCUUUGGGGCUCGUCUUAUUUAAUAGUAGGGGUGGACCGCAGCCACAGCCAAGAGUACGAUUCCGGUAAUGAGGAGAUGGGAGGUAUAGCGACCAUAUGUUGUAUUUCAAGGAUGACCAAGAAACAAGUAAAACAUGAGUGGAGACAACAUGCAAGGACGUAUUUAUGGAUUCUUUCGUGAUCGAUCUAAGGGGACGAAGAAAGUAAGUACAGUAUAAAAUCACGGUGAUACAGAUAUCACAAGCAAAAAAGAAGUAAGACAUUGUAUAGCCCCCAAUUAUAUGACAUUGUCUACCUAACACAAUGUAUGUGCCG